UGGUAACUCGAUUCAGUACGUUUCCAGAAAAUGGCUCGGGUUGUGUGUCGAAGUGAAGUCUGACACGUAUUUUGCUAAAAUUCGUAGAUGAUUUGAUAAAAACUUAUUAUGAUUUUGUUUUAGUUACGUUAUUGUGUAUCAUAUUCUAACAAACCACCAAAAAUGGAGUUCCGGGAGACAUUGCUAGCUGCUCAACGAAAUCAACAACAAAAGUCAUCUCGCAACACAUACUACAGAGCUGGAUUCGAUCCGCCAAAGAAAGAACAACGGCAAAAGGACAAGUUGUCGGAGAAUAUAUUAAAGUUUUUAGCUAAGAAAGAUGAAGAAGAAAGGCAGAAACAACUGGAAGUUCAGAAGAAGAAGGAUGAGCUGCAUGCUAUGCGUGACCCCAAGGCUUUGCGGAAGAUUCAAAAGACUCUGAAGACUAUCAAGUCUGCUAACAAGUCUGUGAUAGAUGAUGCAGUGGACCACGACAACACAGCUGUCACCAGGGCGGGUCCAGAUCAGCCGGACCAAGAUGACUAUGGAUAUGAAUCUCAGGAGGCAGCUGCUUUCUAUGGAAAAUUGAUGCAGAAAUAUAGCAAGAUACCUGAUGAACCCAAAUUUCCUACGGGCAAGAAGAGUGUAAAGACAGAUUUGAAAGGCACCAUGGAACGAGUGAAGAAUGCCCUGGCACAUGAGGAUGAUCCUGUCCCACACAAGAGAAGGCGGAGGACAGAAAAUGGUGAAAGAGAAUCAAGUCCUCCUCAAAAGUAUGAGCCAGAGAAACGAAAAGAUGAGAAACCCGAGAAGCCAAAGUUCCGCAAGCCAGCGCCGCCGCCCAUGGACUUUAACCAGCUGCUGAAGCUGGCCGAGGAGAAAAAAAGCGCCCCGCUCGAAGUGCCCAGGCCGGUGGCGGCCAAGUCGGAGUCGGAGCCGGAGCGGCUGAUGACCAAGAAGCAGCGGCGCGAGUACGAGGAGGAGCUGGCGCGCCGCCAGCGCCGCCAGGAGAGAAUCGACGCCGAAAACAACGGUCGGAAACCUCAAAGGGAAGAAAGAGACAAGCCUGCUGACAGAGAAAAGAAACAGAUGCCUAGUGGAUUUGGGAGAAUUCCUAAAAUCGGCGAGAAAACGUCUACCAACCAGUCUUCCAAUUCCGGCUCCAACUCUCACAAAAAUGACAGCACUAAAACAUACGAGCGAAGCAAAGACAAACCAUCCAGUGACCGGGACAGGGCCGACAAGUUGCAGAGAGAGAAAGAGAGGGCGAGGCAAAACAGGGACAGAGCGGACAGAGAAAAGGAGCGACUAGACAGGGAAAGACUCGAUAAGUUGAAGGCGGAAAGAGAAAGGAUAGACAGAGAAAUGGAAAGACUAAAUAGAGAUAGAGACAGAUUAGAUAAAACAAAGAUGAAAUUAGAAUCCAGUAAAUCUUACGACAAACCUAGCAAAGACGUAGACAGAAGCAAAUUAAGCUCCAAGGACCAAUCCCCACGGCAGGAGGUCAAAAAGAGUAUAGAUCUAAAAAGCCAGAACACAUACAGGAUAGAUAAAAAUUCUAACGAUAAGAAAUUUACAAUACCUAACAAAAACGGCGAGAGUUCGCAGAGCAAACUGCCACAGAAGAGUAAAGAGGACGCGAGAACGAGCGACAGAGACCGAGCUAUAGCCAAGCAAAGGGUUCCGCAGGAGAACGGCAAGCGUCCGCCGGAAAGUAGGCCUGCCCGGCGCCCGGACGAGCGGGCCGGCAAAGCGCCGGCCGCGGCCGCCAAACCCGCCAUAAACAACUCGUUCGACUUCGACAAGCACGUCAGCUCGCUCGCCAAGGACAAGCCCGCCAAGCGGCCCGACGCGAACAGGAAGAUGGAAGAUCCGAGAAAGAAACAGAAACGGCGCGCCAUCGACUCGGAGUCGGAGUACGACUCUGAGAUGGAGGACUUCAUCGACGACGGCGACGAGAACAUGGACUACUCGACCCACAUCAAGGAGAUCUUCGGAUACGACAAGUCCAAGUAUCGGUACAUGGACGACGACGACGACCCGACGAUGGAGUCGAGCUUCGCGCGCCAGCAGCGCGAGGAGUACAUCAGCAAGAAGAUCGGCAUCAUGGAGGACCUGGAGGACAUGCGCAUGGAGGCCAUGGAGAAGAAGAAGGCGGUCAAGAAGAAACGCCGCAUCAGCGACGAGUGACCGCGCCACCCUAGCGCCGCGCC